CAGCGGUUGCCUUGCGUAACACGUACAUGUAACAGGAUAUAUAAGGCAACAGGCUGCGGGGGUAAAUAUGUGACUGGCUUGAAAAUGGCAACUGGAAAGGACACGUUGCUGCUGUCGCUGAUUCUGACCGUCAGGGUCACGGCGCUUGUAGCUACCGGACACAAUGCAGAGCAACCAGAAGUGGAGACCAAAUACGGGAGGGUCCGAGGGUACCGCUUCAAAGUGGACGCAGCCGAGAGGAGUGUGAAUGUCUUCCUGGGGCUUCCUUUUGCUAAGCCGCCAGUUGGGCCACUGAGGUUUUCUGAACCCCAGCCACCUGAGCCAUGGAAGGGAGUCAGAGAUGCCACUUCCUACCCACCAAUGUGUCUACAGGAUAAAGCAACAGGAGAUUGGUUUUCAGAUAUUAUUACUAAUAGAAAAGAAAAAGUUCAUCUCCAAAUGGCUGAAGAUUGCUUAUACCUAAACGUGUAUACACCCGUUGCUACAGAAAAACAGGAGCUGCCUGUCUUUGUGUGGAUCCAUGGAGGUGGAUUAUUUUUCGGAGCAGGUUCAUCCUAUGAUGGUUCAGCAUUAGCGGCCUUUGACAAUGUGGUGGUGGUAACAAUUCAGUACAGAUUAGGUAUUCUUGGAUAUUUUAGCACUGGUGAUAAGCACGCGCCAGGUAACUGGGGGCAUUUGGAUCAAGUAGCAGCUCUUCAGUGGAUUCAGGAAAAUAUCAGAUAUUUCGGAGGAGAUCCAGGAUCCGUCACUAUCGCUGGAGAAUCUGCAGGAGGAAUCAGUGUUUCUGCUCUUGUCUUAUCUCCCCUGGCAAAGGGUUUGUUCCAUAAAGCCAUUUCAGAGAGUGGUACUGCAAGCAGGCUUUUGUUCACUGACCAGCCUGAAGAGGAAGCAAAAAGAGUUGCUGCUGCCUCUGACUGUGAAAAAAACAGUUCAGCUGCAAUUGUUGAAUGCUUAAGGGAAAAAACAGAAGAAGAGAUAGUACAAAUAGCACAAAAACUGGCUUCCCUGUACACCAAAACAUGUGCAGAUGGGGUAUUUCUUCCAAAGAGUCCCCAGCAAUUACUAUCUGAAAAACAGAUCCAUCCAGUCCCAUAUAUAAUAGGAAUAAAUAACUAUGAAUUUGGGUGGCUGCUUCCUAAGUUAAUGCAAGUUUCUGCGUAUACAGAUGGUCUGGAUGAAGAUGUUGCACGUCAACUUUUACAGGGCCUCUUAGCAACGAGUAUUAAGGGUGUUACUUCUGAAGUUGUUGAUCGAGUAUACAAUGAAUACAUAGGGAAUGCAGCAAACCGUAUUCAGGUGCGAGAUGGUUUUCUUGAUGCAGUUGCAGAUGCUUGGUUUGUUUUUCCAUCCAUUGAAGUGGCCAGACACCACAGAGAUGCUGGCAACCCAGUCUACUUUUAUGAGUUUCAGCAUCGACCCAGUUCAGCGACAGGGGUUGUACCAGAGUUUGUAAAAGCAGAUCAUACAGAUGAGAUUGCCUUUGUGUUUGGAAAGCCAUUCUUAGCUGGGAAUGCUACAGAAGAAGAAAAUAAGCUUAGCAGAAGUGUUAUGAGAUACUGGACUAACUUUGCUAGAAAUGGAAAUCCCAACGGAGAAGGAUUGGUCCAUUGGCCUCAGUACGAUCUGGAUGAAGGGUACCUGGAAAUAGACCUCAUGCAAAGGGCAUCAAAGAAACUGAAAGAACGCAAAAUGGAGUUUUGGACACAGCUCUUAAAAGAAAUGGUGGAUGAAAGGAGGGAACACAGUGAUUUAUAAGAGUCGUGGAAGGUACAGUUUGCUUUUAAGUCUCAAAGUAAAGUAAAAAAAAAUAUUAUUUUGUCAGGAUGCAGAGUUUAAUAAUCACCUUCUGAGUCCUUAUUAUGUAAUCUGUUGUCAUGAUCACAGUGGAAGGAGAGAAUCAAGGGAAAUUUGGAGUGUUUGCAGGACUAAGAAUCACUAUUUAAUGAAGCAAGGAGAAAAUAAUCUUUUAGGCUGAAAAAGACCAUGGUAUCUCAUCAGUGGAUAUCAAAACUUCAUAGUGCUCCUGUGAGAGGGGGGAAUGAGGUGGGAAUUGGCAAAUCUAUUGAAAUCUGUAAUAAAUUAUCCAUACAGAAAAGUAUCAGAAGUGUCAUAAGAUGCUAUAUGCUUAUUCCCCUCUUCCUGCAGAAGUGAAUGGCCAGGUGUUAUUUUUAUGGGGUCUUUCCACUUUCUUUAAUUCGAAAUAGCUUGUAGGGAGCAGAGCAUCCACCCAAAAACCUCUGUGAGAUCAGCUUGACAUCUCACAAAUGAGGACAGAAGAUUUCUACUUGUUUUGUUGUUUUGUCAGCUGUUGUAAAUAAAUGUUGCUUUGACUUUUUA